AGAAACAAAACCCAAUCGGAUCGGAAAAGCCUCCGGAUCCGAUCGGAAAAGCCUUCCCUUGCUCAUAGCACCUAUAAGUACGGAUCAAUUUGAUCCCAAACAAACAAACCCUCUCACCCGCCCCGCCGCCGGUAUUUUUGCUGUCUAUUCGAUCCAGAUCACGGGAGUAAGACGGAAAGAUCGGCGGGCGAAUCGACGACCAACACGGAGCUCAAGAAGACCUCGGCGCUGAUGAGUCCGGAACAAAUCGACAAGGAGAUGGCUUGCGAGGCGGAGGCAUUCGCUUCACAUAUUAGUAUCUGGGAAUCUGCCUGGGGCGAGACCUGCGGCUUCUUCACGGACACCACGUCGCUGAGUUCCAUGCAAUUUACGCACUGUGGACCAGCUGGAUGCAUCUCCCACAGGUAUUGUGGGUCUACUCCGGAAACCUUGCAGGUUUUCUCCAUCAAGCUCUCUCGAAUAGCUGAGGGUCUCGCCUGGCCAUUGUUUGUGUAUGGUGUGAUUGCUGUUAGGGACACCGCGGAUCAUAACCGUAACAUUCUCUUCUCUUGCACUAGGAGCGAGGCCCAAGAACUCAAACAAGAGGAUUCUUCUUUGCGCUUAAUUGGGCCACCACGUGCAAUUGUGUUUACAGACAUGGUUAACAUUGAAAUCCAACUGAAAGUGAAAGGUCCAACAAAAUCUCAAGAUAAAGCAUUGAUCAGCCGUGUCUCCGAUUAUGGUGGAGGAAGUGUUGGUGUAUCUACCAUUCACAUUGAUAAUUGUUUAUGUACACUGGAGUUAUGCUUGCAGCGGGUCCAUGACACGGUCCAGGCUACCAUCUUGAGUGUCCAAGUUGUCAACUCUGGUUCAUGGCCGUUUGAAUAUGGUGGCCGAGUUACUUGCUCCUCAGCUUCACGGGAAACGGUGAUCACUGAUAGUGGAGUCACUCGUGCUAUUAAUCCCUCAUCUAGCCAAAAUGUACUGAUUGAAUCAAAAGAUGGAGCAAUGCUGAAAGGUCCCGAUGGUCACAUAUACCUGCCGAGGCAAGUUGUUUCUGUAGAAAUUGAAGGAGUGUUGGACAUUGCCAUAGAAGCCUACUCAAAAUCUGGUGAUAUCGGUGCACAGGGUCGUAUCUGUUUAGAGCCUCACUUUUGCAACAUAACCCGGGAUAAAUUUGCCAUUGCUGACGUUGAGGUGAUGAUUACUAUUGCUUGGUCCCUUGUCCCUACAAGCAAAAGGGAAAUUGUGAGACACGGAGGAUUUGACUAAAGCUGAUAGCUAGAAGGUUAUGGCGUGGAACACUAAAAAGACAAUGCAACACCAACCAAACCUUUGCUCACUAUUCAUCAUGUUUGUUAUAUCAUGUAAAUUUUUCUAUUUGUGUAUCAACUAAAACUUAUGCCAUCGAACUAUUCGUGUAAUGACUUUUUAUAGGGUUAUAAAGUACUCUGUCCAUUUCAUAAUAUAAAAAACAUUUUUUGACC